CCACGAGAAACUUCUGACAAUCUAACCAUGUGACAGAACCAAGAUUGUGCCAUACGUCAUAAUCUGGCGACUGAAAGGCAUACAGGCUAGUAAUGGCUGGUGUAGAAGAGGGGAAUAAACCGGUGUUGGAAAUGGUGCAGGCGGAGGGGGCCGAUGAGGGCUGCAUCACCUUCGUGCUGCACGAGGAGGACCACACUCUAGGGAACUCGUUGAGAUAUUUGGUCAUGAAGAACCCCGACAUAGAGUUCUGCGGGUACAGCAUCACGCAUCCGUCGGAGAGCAAGAUCAACUUCCGCAUCCAGACGCGAGGGGGUGUUCCAGCAGUGGAACCCUUUAGAAAGGGCCUGAAUGACCUCACCGACGUCUGCCAGCACGUUCUCAACACAUUCCAGGCCCGAGUGAAGGAUUUCAAGGGCCAGUCAGAGGCCAUGGACUGAGGGGGAUCAGGAUCGACUCUGGCUGUGAAGAGGCAAGACGGAGUGAAACCAAAAUUAUUUAUUUGUCCCACUUCCAGGAUUUGGACUGUUUCUGGCUUAAUUUUGACUAAAAAUGCCCCAAAAUCUGGUAAUAAUAAUAAUAAAUGGGAACAGCCUCUUGUUUAACCUUGUUAAAGGUCAGAGUUGUGGCUUUUUGGAUUGAGUCAGGUCUGACUUCUGCGUGUGAUGGUGGAAAAUGUAAACUAUGCUUCAAACCCUCAACAUGACGUGAAAGGAACCAUGUAAUCAAGGAAAAGGUUGUAAACCAUUUGCAGGAUAUCAGGGUGAAGCUUGUAACUGGCAGAAAAUGACUCAUUCUACUUAAAGCAGACCAUGACCAUUGUUUUGCUCUUCUGGCUUCAUGUUUAUCAGAGGCUGAGCUUUGAGUUCAGUUUGGGUUGGUGGUUAAUUCACUGCUCCACCCAGAAACAUCUGCCCUGAAGCCUCCUGCCUCGUACCCUCCUGUCCAUCGGGUUGGAAGUGUGGUGGCACAUUCUGUCUGGAGGAGAAGUCCUUUCGUCAUAGGAAUGUUGUGUGCCUGUAUUAUGUUGCCUUAUUUGUUCUUUCAAAAUAUAGAUUUUUUUUCAUAUUGAAA